AUGUAUAUCGCGAAUUAUCUCAGUGUACCAUUAUUGACCGGCGUCUUUCUCGUCGGCAUAGUCAUCUAUGCCUUGAUCAACGCCUUCAAGUCUCCUCUCCGAGGCUUGCCUGGACCAUGGUACACCCAUUUCACUCACCUCACCCUUAAAUAUCAUAUUCUCACUGGCAACCGCGUUCACUAUAUACACUCGCUGCACCAGUGCUACGGCCCAGUCGUACGGGUUUCGCCAGGAGAAGUUGAUGUCAGUGACCUCGAAGCAUUCUCCAAAAUCCACAAGAUCGGUUCUGGCUUUCUCAAGUCUGCUUGGUACGAUGCCGUGACUCCCGAUCGAGAACCUGGCAUCUUUGUCAUGAGAGAUCCUCACCAGCAUGCUGCUCGAAGACGUUUGUUUGCGCGUGCCUUCAGUGUCAGCUCGUUGUGGACGAAUUGGGAGUCCGAAAUCCGGCAAAAGACUGAGCUUGCGGUGAACAACAUAAAGCGAGAUGCUCAGAGUACUGGGGCGGAUGUGUUUAAGUGGUGGACUCUUAUGGCAACGGACGUGAUCGCUCAUCUUUCCUUUGGAGAGUCGUUCCGAAUGCUGGAGCUGGGCAAGCAAACCCCAUAUAUCGACGCAAUCCAGUCCUCUCUUCUCAUGAGCGGUCUCCGCGCCGAACUAUCAUGGAUCUAUCCACUCCUCAAGCGUCUGCCACUCCAGGGCUUGAAAAGGUUGCUGAAUGCCGACAGCAUCGUGUUCGAGCAUGGCUCCAUCGCCGUCCGAAACAUGCAAAGCGCAGGAGAUGGCCUCAGCAAAGCGAAUUUGUUCAGCCAAAUGCUGGCUGAGUCUGACAGUCAGGAAAAGACUAGUCUCUCAACGUCCAGCGUGCAGGCGGAAGCAAGCAAUCUCAUCGUCGCUGGAUCGGACACUACGGCUGUGACCUUGACGUAUCUUAUCUGGGCUGUUCUCAAGCAGCCCCAGCUUCAGGCUGAACUGGAGCGCGAGAUAUCAGAGCUCAGUGAUGAGCUGACCUUUGAGGAGCUCAAGAAUGCUCCGCUCCUUAACAGUGUGAUUGAAGAGACACUUCGUCUGUAUGGUGCAGCUCCUGGUGCUCUUCCGCGUGUCGUGCCUGGAAAGGGCCUUGAUGUUUGCGGUCAUUAUAUCCCCCCUGGUACUGUCGUCAGUACUCAAGCUUUUACGCUGCACCGAAACGAAAACAUUUUUGAAGAUGCACAGAGGUUCAAUGGCCAUCGUUUCAUAGACAGGUCCACACUCACGGCAGCACAAAAGGCCGCCUUUUCUCCUUUCGGCGCUGGGUCACGAAUCUGCAUUGGUCUACACUUGGCCUGGAUGGAGCUUCGACUUGGUGCCGCGCUAUUCUUCCGUGAGUGUCGUGGCGCUUCACUAAGCCCUGAGAUGACAGAUGAAAUGAUGGGGAUGGAGAAUAGGUUCUUGAUUGCCCCGAAAGGGCACAAGUGCAUUGUGAAGCUUUGA